AUGAAUAAUAAUAAUAAUAAUAAAAUCAAUCAUGGCAUGUUAUGUUUCAUUCUAUUUUGUAAAAAUAAACGGCAAUUUAAUUCAAUGGUCAAUUACUCUAUAGUUAGAUGUGAAAUCGACAAGACACUAAAGAAGGUGGCAGAAGGUGUUGUAGAAUUCGAUGCUAUUCUGAAAAAGGUGUAUGCUGCCACAAGUUCAAAUCAAAAAGAUAAAUAUGAAGGUGAUCUGAAAAAGGAAAUAAAGAAACUACAGCGUUAUAGAGAUCAAAUAAAGAAUUGGUUAACAAAUAAUGAAGUAAAGAAUAAAUCAUCGCUAUUGGAAUAUAGGAAAUUAGUUGAACAGAAAAUGGAACAAUUUAAAGCGUGUGAAAAAGAAACAAAGACAAAAGCAUACUCUAAAGAAGGAUUGGGACAAACACCGAAGGAUAACGAUGCGAAAAUACAGGUUAGAUAUUGGGCAGGCAAAGCAAUCAGUAGUCUAAAGUCGCAGAUCGAAAGUUUCGAAACCGAUAUAGAGAACAUACCCGUUAGAAAGAGAAAGACAGAGUCGUCCAAAGUGGAAUCCAUACAAAAGUAUCUGGAACACCACAGAUACCAUCUGCGUGCACUCGAACUACUAAGACGUGCAAUGGAAAACGACAAGAUCCCCGCUGAGGAAAUAGAAAAGAUAAAAGACAGUGUAGAAUAUUAUAUCGAUAACUAUGAGGAUGAAAACAAUGAAGAACCAGAAGAAAUAUAUAGUGGAUUCAAUUUGAAGAUAUCGACUACCAGUUCGGGAGAUGACGACCUGGAUCUGUCGAUGGACGAGAGCGACGACGAUGAUAUUGGACUUUCGUCGGAUUCCGAUGAGAAUGAGAAUGGAGAUAGUGGAAAUGGUGGAGAUGACGAGAGCAGUAGCGGUAGUAAUAUUGUGACGCCGUCGGCAACUCAAUCGUCGUCACCAACGAUCGCGCCACUACCAACACCCAGCGCGUCCACUCCGACUGCCACCGCAUCGACAACUGCCACCGCCAACAAACCAACAAGCCAGAAUCAACCAAAUCCAUCGCCAUCACUGACAUCUUCAUCAUCGUCCACCAACAUCAACAAUCCCGCCAACAAAAUCGAGAGAAUCUCGUCGCCACCCGCUGUCAAUAUUAGUUCGAACAACAACAACCAUCCAAAUACACAAACUAUCUCCUCUUCUUCUUCCAGCACAACUCAGCCACAAAACUCGAGAAAUUCAACACCUUCACCAACAUUCUCGUCUGUAACUAAAUCAAAUAUCAAAGCUACUCCAGAGUCGUCCACUGCAGGAACCGCCAGCGGAAACAACAGUAAACCCGUUGGUCAUCAACCACCACCACAACAACAACAACCAAAUCCACAAUUGUCAACACCACCACAACAACCACAACCAAAUCCACAACAACCAUAUCCACAACCUAAUAUUAAUUUACCAGGCAAUCUGCCCAUGGCCCAACGAUUGCAGAUGCAUCAGCAACAAGUCACUGCUGCCGCCCAUAUACAACAACAGAUGGCAGCACAACAACAAGCUGCCGCCGCCGCUCAACAACAACAACAACAGCAACAACAACAACAACAAUUUAACAUGCGAAACCCAAGAGGUGUUGUACAACAAUAUCCUUAUCAACUUAAAGAUGAUUUAGAUAGUGUUAAAGAUUCACUUGGACAAAUGAAUUUAUUGAAAUCGAAUUCUCCUCCACAUGGAUCAUCACCAUCGCCACCCGGAAUCGGAGGUGAGAGUGCCGAUGACAUUAAGAAUAAUGAAACAUUUGAUACUAGCUCCAAUUUGUAUCCAGGAACUUUGGCAGAGUUGUCGUCGGCUACGAUGUCGAGAAUCCAGAAUGAGACAAACGGUGGUGUCGGUGUUGGUUUUGUUGGUCACGGCCAGGCCGAUCCUUCAGCCACAAAAAUGCACUCCUCUCAAAACUACGAGGAGAAUCUCUCGAUCACUCGUGUCAUGAUGGAAACCAGCUUCAAUUACUACCCACCCAUCCCACUGCCGAUCUUUGACCAGCCUGCCAUCUUUGAAAAGUUUGAAAUCGAUCCACUCUUUUUUAUCUUUUACUUCAAGCAGGGCACCUAUCAGCAGUUCUUGGCGGCACGCGAACUCAAGAAGCAGGGUUGGCGUUACCACAAGAAGUAUCUAACAUGGUUCCGCAGACACGAAGAGCCAAAGGAAAUCACAAACGACUACGAGCAAGGUACCUAUGUCUAUUUCGAUUACGAAACCGGUUGGUGUCAAAGAAAGAAAACUGAAUUCACAUUUGAAUAUAGAUUCCUCGAGGAAUAA